AUGCACUUGCUGAUACCAACCCCCUUGUGUUGGGGCACAUUCACGAGUUACACUAUGUCAGCCUUCAGCCCAGACAAGGUAAAACAUUCUUUCCAAUCACAGACAUCCUUUUUUUUCUUUUUUUGGACUUGUGGGAUUAUGUUUGCUGAAUUUAUAUACAUAUAUCAGUAGCAGAGGACAUUGCAAGAUGAUGAUGAUACUAUAAAUGUCUCUAUGAGAAUGAAGUUUAAUUUUUUUCUAAACAAUAAGUUGUCGCUGCUUAAUCUGAAUAUACUAGUUGUAUAAUUAUAAGAUGUUAUUCCAUUGGAUAUUGUAAACUCCUACUAAUUUACCUCUACUGUAAUAAAAAAUUGCAGAGAUACUAGAGAACUCUUGCACUAGCCUGAUUCCUUUAUGGUCUGGAGGUCACUCGCUCAAACGCCAUUAGCUCGUUAGCUAAAAUAUUAUGUUCCCGACUAUUGUACAAUGAAUAAUUAGAACAUUAGUGUUGUUAUUUCUGAAUAAUUUAUAUAACUGAUCACUGUGAAGAAUAACAGUAGUUUAUUGUGUAAAUAAAUAGAGUGGUGAUGCAAUUUUGACCCAAACGCCUUGAAGUCUAGCCUGCGCCACGGACAAAACUAAACUCUGGUUAAGUCCAUCUGCGAAACAGCGCUGAAUUCCUUGUUCCUGACCCCCAGCUGUGUACGUACCAGGAUUUGAGUACGAGCCAUGAUUGGCUUGUUAAAAUGCCAUUGUUGAUUUGCCAAAUAAGAUGAAAGGAAUUUCGAAAACGUUCUUCUGGUAAUUCAUUGAGUCCCUUGGGAGCCAGAGUAAGGAUAUUGGUGCUGCUUCACAGACAUUACUAACUGAAGUUAAAUUAGGUUUGUGAUGCAGGCUGCUUGAAGUCAUUUUAGUAUAUGGAACAUGCAUGGGCUUUUCACAAAUCUGAGCUCAAAUCUGUUGCAUAACAUGAUUAUUAAGCUCCAUUACCAGCCGCUGUUCGGGAAAAUGAGCCCACACUCACCCAGUCCAAGAAUCGUCGUGAAAUCCAAAAAAAAUAUUUUGGAAAUCGAGAAAAACGUUUUUUCACGUGCUACUUGUGCCAGCAGUCAGCCAGCGUCAUGCCAACGUUUUCCCGCCAUUUCCCACAUCCAAACUGGCGAAAGAAAGAGGUUAGAAAUAUCGAGUACAAUGUUCUGUCAUAAAUGUGGAAGAGAAUUUGGCAACAAUGAAACAUUCUGAAAACUUUUUUUUCGAUUUCCAAAAUAUUUUUUUGGGAUCUCACGAUGAUUCUUGGACUGUAAACUGUUUUAGAGUUUUAUAAAAAGUUAUUAGCGGAUCCAACAAGUUUCUUAAGAUUUGCAAUGUUUUUUUUAGAUUUGCCAGACUCUUCAAUAAUGAUUUGUACAAAAAUUGCGAUUUGAAAUAAUUUUUAUGGAUUUGCAAAAUAAUUUCGGAUUAUUGAGAAAGUUAUUUGUGGAUCCACUAAUUUUCAUAGGAUUUGCAAUAGUUUUUUAGAUUUGUCAAACUUCUCGACAGUGAUUUUGAAAAAAAUAUUUCGAUUUGAAAUAUUUUGUGGGAUUUGCAAAAUAUUUUUGGAUAAUGUCCCUUUUCGGCUUUGAUAUUUUUUCUCAUGGUUGUGACAAAUGUACUACUGAUUAUAAUUACUUUGCUUCCAGUUUGUGUGAAGUCAAAUCAGCCUACUGUCAUGCAAGCAAUAAAGAGGAAGAGAGAUGUGGCUGAAGACUCAGAUGAAGAAGGUAAUGUUUGUUGUUAGAAAAUAAGUUCACUUAUAGUUGAGUGGAAAUGUGAUCUCUGUACGUAAGGCUGAGAAAGAAGACCAACUUUAAUCAUACCAUCUUUUUUGGGGUUAUGGAGGAUCGGGGGGGGGGGGGGGGGGUGUUUUAAUUUGGUAUGUUGUGUUAUAAAAAGGAGAGUGGGAUUAGUUAGUUGUGAUAGUGUGUUCUUUGACAGAAUGGGGAGGAACAAGAGAGUUAUAUAUUGUGUGUUUUUGUUUGGGGGUGUGGGGGGGGGGGGGGGGGGGGGGGGUGGUGUUUGAACUUGGAAGACCCUGAGAGGGGGAGGCCAAUUUUGUUUGGGUGAUAUAUACAAGGCUAGGGGGUGGUUUACUUGUAACUAACUGCCUUUCAACAUGGGUGUGUUUUAACUGAACCACUCACACAACACAUUGUUAUUAUAAUAUUAUUAUUAACUCAUUUUUAAUUAUUUUUUCCUCCUCUGAUCAGAAUCCAAAGUUUUAAAAUCUUCAGGGGAUACACCCAACAGUUCAGAGGACAGUGAUGGUAACACUCACCAGAUUACCGCUGGUCUCCUGUCUAUUUCAUCAAAGAAUACUGCAAGCAACACAAAGAACCAAAGAACCACAUCAAAAAGAAAGAGAAAGAAGAAAAGAAAGAGAGAAAGAAAAGAAAGGACUCUGAAAGAGUGCAUUAGGGACCCUCCAGAGCUCAACAAAGUUCUCCCAUCCUUGGCUGACAUUAAGGCAAUAACCAGACCUUCAAAACAUGCUGAUCUUCCUGUUGAUGUUUUGUUACUGACAGUGAAGAAUUGUGAAUUUGUAGCUUGUUUCAGUGAGCUAAAAAAACCCUAUAGAUGUUGGUUUGAUGGUCUUGGCUACGUUUACUUUUCUGAUGUGGAUGGAAGUCAAGAUAAAGUUAAAGUUGCAUUAUUUAAAUGUUACCAGAACAGUAGUUGUCCUGGUGGUUCUCUCGUCUCUGUUAAGAAUGCUGCCACUCUGCUUAGGCCUAAAGCAGUCAUAUCUGUUGGUGUAUGUAGUGGUCUUCACCCUGAGAAAUCCAAGUUAGGAGAUGUUGUUGUUUCUGCCAAAUUAACAACAUAUGCAUCCAAAGUGGUGAUCGAUAAUCAAGAACAUUCAACUGGCAUGAGAAAUUAUGUGAGCAAACGUUUCCUGAAUGUCAUUAAGAAUUGUGCUGAUGGCUGGAAAGCACCUUUGAAGAAUGUUGCUGAUGCUCAACAAGAAGUUCAAGUUUAUACUGCUGCUGAGUUUCUGAGUGGACCAGAACAAGUCAUUUCUGGACAGCGACGUGAUCAAGUUGCUGAAACCAAUCCUCAGGCAAUAGCAAUGGAAAAUGAAGGGGAAGGUAAGUUGACUGUUGUUUUUGUUUGUCAUUACAACAUAAUAAUUAUACGUAAGUACACUGUACAUGUUUGAUUAUUGCAAGUCUUGCCUGACCCUCUGGAAAAAUUAUUUCUUAUAAACCAUCCCCUACCCUUUAAAAUUUUUGGCAUUUUAAUCUUCGUCCCUCUCCCCCACGGAAAUUCCAUUGAUUAUCCAUGGGGAAGUUAUGGAUAUUUUUUGGAAAGACAUAUUCCAUUUAUAGGUUAUGGUUCACCUUUAUACUUGGUUUAAAUUUUAUUUUUCUUUGUCUGAAACUCAUUAUCAUACAUCACCAUACUCCAAAAUAAUGGAAAAUAAAAUAAAGACCAAGGACAAAAUAUUAAUUAUUGAACCACAACAUAUACAAAGUUAACUGAAACCUUCCAUAAAAGGUAAAUCUUUUUUUCCUUAACUUUCUUCAUGAAUCAGCAUGAUUUGGGCUUAAAGAAUGGUAAUGACAUUAAAAUUUAGAACUUUACUCGAGGUGGAAAGAAAGCAUAAAAUAUUAAAUAAAUUCAACACCUUGCUGGCCAGGAGCCUUUUGUUUGAGGUUGAUUCUUGAAUUACCCCACAGGGGACUUUAGGAAUCUAAAACUUCUCUGUCAAGGUCAUGCCAUUAUUUUUGUAAAAAAUUGCUGAUACUUGUAAAAUGUUCUGCUCCUUACCCCACCCUCCCUUUAGUAAGUUAAUAUGUUAAGUAUGCGACCCUAAUGUUCCACUGGUAAGCAGUGAGAUGGCGCCAGUGUGGAUGCCACUCAAAGGGUUGUCAAGGUUAUGUGCUGCACUUGGUAGCAUUUUGGGUCCACAAGCCUUGCAGGCACCUCGCCAUCACUCAUCUUUGAGUUUUAAUAUUACACAUUAAUUUUUACAGACCUUUUAAGCAAAAAUGGCUGCUGUUGUUUUUCCAUACUCUGAAAAUUUGUCCAGUUCUUGGUUUAUAGUCUGUGUAGUUGUGAUUGAUUUAAAUAAAACUGAUCUAAAUUUAAGAGAUUUCUAUUGGAAAAAGCCACCCUAGCCCACCGUGCCUUAUGUUUCUUUAAGUUAACUUCUCAUAGAAUAGGAGUAGACUUGUACCCUUAAAACUCCAUAAACUUUAAUCUUAACUUUACUUUAAUUUGAUGCGUAAUGUAAAUAGUCUAAUUCUAUUGGUACGUUUUUAGAGGUGUGCUAAAGCAAUAGCAGCUGCAUGAUGUCUCUGAGGUCCACACAAUUUUUUUUGUGCGUGUACACAGGACUGUCUUAAAACUAAUGUACUGUUUGUUUUGUUUUCCUACAGGAGUAUUUGCAGCAGCAUUUGACUGUGAAAUUGAGUGGUUAAUUGUGAAAGGAAUAGCUGAUUAUGCAGAUGGCUCUCAGUUGGCUUCUGAGAGUUGGUCUUCCUGUGCAAGUGUGAUGGCCGCAUCUCUUGUUGCACACAUUUUGAAUGAACCCUGUGCUUUUUAUUCAUGGCCUCAUUAUCAAGGUAAUCAUUCUCAUAGAGGGCAUAUGAUUUAUUGAAUCCAUUGGUGGGUUACUUAGUACAGUCACAGAUAAGCUACAUGGUAUAAAUUAUAUACAAUUUCGGUACACACAUGUAUUAUCCCAAAUUUAGGUGUCCAAUACACACUACUUGUUCAAAUUGUGUAAGUUAAGAUUCAAGUUGCGCAAGUCAUAUGAGUGAUAGGAAUUGUCAAACAAUGUCUUCCAUUUGUGUGAUUGGUUCACAUAGUGAAUGUGUUCCCUUAGUAUUGGACAAGCCCGGAUUUUGUUUAAGGUGGAGAUAAACCAAUAUUUCAACAAACCACAUGGUACGCCCACAACCCAUGUUUCUUGUCAGUAAUCCGUACAUCUUGAUUUAUCACUUGCUUUAUCAUCUUUUUUUUUUUAAUAUUCUGUUUAAGAUCAGAUUUUAUCUCGAUAUCAUAUUUUAUCUGUUCCUGUGAUAGUUUUAAAAUGUUGUUAGCAGAGAGUUUAAUGAAGGAGGAUAAAAACGCUAACCCCGAUUUGAACGAUUUUGAUGUCAUCAUGAUAUAUCAAUCAGUCAUUUUGUCUGUUUUUCUUUGUUAAAUUUUAAAAUUACUUGACUAAGAUUUGAGAUUGUUAGGCGCGGUUCAGACGCCCAACUUUUCAUGAGCCGAACCUAAUUCGAAUUAAGGCCGACCCAGAUUAUUUCGACCAGCUGAAUUGAUUCAGACGCCGAUCUUAAUUGCAGCUGAACUAAGUUCAAAAGGUGAAAAAUGCUCAUUUCGGUCAAAUUGCUUACAAAAUACAUUAUAAUGAUUUAUGCAUUAGGUUCGGUACAUGAAAAGUUCGGCGUCUGAAUCAAAGCGGUUCCAAAGUCGCUCCAAAGACGAAAUUCUCGGCCGGGCUAGGCGAAAAGAACGGUUGAGCCGUUCCAAAUUGAAACAGGCCUUCCUAAUUGAUUCAGACGCCGAACUUUUCAUGUACUUAAUUCAGUGUAGUAGGUUCGGCUCAUGAAAAGUUCGGCGUCUGAACCGGGCAUUACUGGUUCAUAUGACUUACUAUUCUGAAAUAAUUACUUUUCCAUGCUAUUCUCAUUGAUAGUGAUAUUUUGAUAUUUUAUUUAACCACUUUUUCAAGUAAAUAGUGUUAAUUGAUUGUUUCUCCGGCAGGGCUUCAGCAGCAUGAGUACAAGGACGGUCCAACCGAAAGGAGACCAUCAACAUCUUCAUCCGGCAACGCGUCACAUGACUCGUCAUUCAACCGCACUCAAACUAACGAACGAAAAUUAGUUCCUUCCAUCAUCGAAGAUAUGAAGAAACAUGUCCAAGAAGUCACUGAACAGCCUUACGGAGAUCUUAAAUCACCUUUUCAUAAUCCAGGUGAAGGACCCAGAAGAGAUCUGAAGCUUGACGAAAUCUUCACCAAUCUAAUUAUUUAUGAGGGAAGAGUUAAGUAUAACUUUUCUGGAGACAGAAUGAAACAACUACAAGAGUACCACAAAGCCAAUGAAAAUUUGCGACCAACGCGUCCAGGAGAUAUUUUUGGUGCUAAAAAAUGGAAGAUUCUUGUUGUUGGUCGUCCUGGAAUUGGAAAAACCAUGUUCAGCACAAAGAUUCUUCGCGACUGGGCGUCCGACACCUUGUUUAACAAAACUCAAAAAUCGCAAAUAGAUUUUAAAGUUGCCUUCCUCAUUAAGCUGAGGAUGUUUAACUCUAGAAGCAAAGAACUAAAUCUUCGCGAGCUUCUGGAUCACUCAGAAUAUUCAACAGCUCUUUCCGAAGAGAUCUGGAACUACAUUCGUCACAACCCAAAGCGAGUACUGGUGAUUUUUGAUGGAUUUGACGAGUAUUCUUAUAGGACUGAAAUCAGUAAAGAUGACGUUCCGUACAGAAACAAUGAAGAAGACAAGGUGCCUGUCCAUUUCCUGCUGAAGAAAAUAGUAACGGGAAAAAUUCUUACCGGCGCAACUGUCUUAACGACUACAAGACCCAAUGCCGUGUCAUGUGUCAGAAGUCUUAACUUUAACAGAGCAGUUGAAAUUCUGGGAUUUACAACUGAGCAAGUGAAUGACUAUGUAGGGAAGUUUACAAAGCUGGAAGACAAAGCAGAAACCAUAAGGCAACACAUCACCAGUAACUUAAACCUUCUAGCCUUCUGCUACAUUCCUGUAAAUUGUUUCAUCAUUUGUUCAUGCUUGUUAGAGUUGCUUGUCAACACUAGCUUAACCAGCCUCCACUACCUCCCAACAAAACUGACAGAAAUAUACUCCAUUGCAAUAAAGAUGUUUUACUUUAGUUACGAUGAUGGUCAGUAUCGCCACAACAAAACUGAAGGACAACAGUUCUUUCUAAAACCAUUUAAGGAACUGCCCUCCUCUGUGCAAAAGGAGUUCACAAGUCUGGGAAAAAUUGCUUUUAAUGGCAUUCAAGAGGAAAGAUUAAUUUUUGAAUCGCGUGAGGUUAACAGCCUAGAGAGUAAUGGCCUGUUUCACCGUUUACCUGAUACUAAAGACCAUCCUUUAGCAGAGGGAAGAGAACAAUAUUGCUUUUUACACCUGACCGUACAGGAGUUCUUGGCGGCGAAGUAUUUGGUAGACACGUCGAGUCCCAAACAACUGCGGGGUUUUGUUUCCGAUCACAUCCAUGAUGGCGCCUGGAGGGUUGUGAUGCAGUUUGUGGCUGGACUGCUGGCUGAAAAAGAAGGACAAUCAACAGAUAUUUUCAGCGACCUUCUUCCCUCAAACACGGUUACUAAAGAAGUUAAAAUCAAGUUGGAUGAAGACUCAGAGGAACGAACUGAAACACUGACGUGGUGGCCAGCUCGUGAAGACCAAGCUUUAGUGGUGACGCUAUUCAAUUGCAUGUAUGAGAACAAAGCCUCUGAUCGAGAAGUUCAAAAGAAACUGGAGAAAAUUGGUUGCAAUUCGCUUUAUUUUAGUUGGUGUAACCUGUCACCUCUCGACUGUUUAGCGUUAGUGCAUGCACUUAAAUCUAUUGAAGGAAUUUUGUAUUUUGAUUUAAGCUUCAACAACCUUCAGUCGCUAGGAUGUAUUGAGAUUGCGAAGUUGUUAUCUGACAACGAACACAAUCAGGGUUUUUGCGAACUAAAAAGAUUAGACCUCAGUGGUAACAACAUAACUGAUGACGGUGUUAAACAUUUAUCUACAGCACUCACACACACUAACUGCAAACUAAACAGCUUAAACCUCAGCCGUAACAACAUAACUGAUAAAGGAGUUAGACAUUUAUCUACAGCACUCACACGCACUAACUGCGAACUAAAUAGCUUAAACCUCGACCAUAACAACAUAACUGAUAAAGUUAAAAAUCUCGUAAACUCAUUGAACAUAAACUGUAAAGUUUCUCUCUUAUCCUUGCCUGCAAUGUAA